AUGCAUGAGCCUCAUACACUGCUUCAGUACCUGGAAUCUGCUGUACCUAAUAUUGAUCAGAACAGAUGCCCUUCAGGUUUAACAUGCCCCGCCAUGAUGACGCCAAUUGGUGCCACCCUUAAUUACUCCAAUGGGAGCAUGUUCGGACCGUAUACGUCCGGAACUACCGUGACCAUGAGCUGCUCGAAUGGCUCGCCGUUGGGAGCGACGACAGCGACAUGCUCAAAUGGCCAAUGGUUUCCUCCAUCGCUUGGGACCUGCAAUUCGAGUAUUAUUGGUGGAAACACAGGAGCAACUUGCCCCACGCUGACUGCCCCAGCAGGUGGCACAAUCACGUUAUCGACUGGCUUGCUGGGAACGCCUGCUACAUCAGGAACUAUUGCCACUUUGAAUUGCUUCAGUGGUACAGUUCAAGGUACGAGCAGUUUACUCUGCUCCAACGGUAUGUGGACGCCAUCAACAUUCGGCACUUGUAACAGCACUACAGGGAUUGGAGGAUCCAACACCUGUCCAGCGAUGACGACACCAGUGGGAGCUUCACUGUCCUAUUCAAAUUUCUUGCUUUUUCCACCUUUUCCGGACUGGAACCACCGUUACUGCCAGAUGUCUCAGUGGAGCUGCGGAUCAAGCACGGCAACAUGCCAGAAUGGUUUCUGGUCUCCAUCUAUCUUGGGCACAUGUGGAUCAUCUACUGGUAUUGGUGGUAUUGGUGGCACUACAGGAACAUGCCCUUCGGUCCAGGCGGUCGGUGGUACGGUAGACUACAGUGACAAUGAUUUCACUACUAAUCAUGCGCCUGGUUCUACUGCCACACUUCUUUGUACCAGCGGAACUCCUAUUGGUUCGGCUCUAUCAACAUGUACAAAUGGCCAGUGGACACCUGCAAUUGGAAGCUGCUCAACUACAGGAGGAAACACAUCAAUAGGCGUUUCAUGUAUCUUCGCGCCGUUCUCUCCGUUUGGCUCUACACUAAGUUAUUCUGGUGGUGGAAGCACAUUCGGACCGUGGCCACAAGGAACUGUUGCCACUAUGACAUGCCCUUCGGGUCAGACUGUGAUCGGCUCGUCUACUAGCACCUGUAACAAUGGUGUGUGGACUACACUUGGCUCAUGUUCAACUACAGGAGCCACAGGAGCCACUGGUUCGCUUUUGCCGAACCAAAAUGCUUGCUAUUUUGGAUUGUUUCAACCUUUUGGCGGUUCAAUCACCUACAGUGAUCCUACUCCGCCGUAUACGGAAGGAACGACAGCAACGCUUAGGUGUGACGCUGGGUAUACGGUGACGGGAGCCACCACAGCCACUUGCACCGGCGGCACAUUCACUUCCCUUGGCACAUGUACCAAAACAUGA